AAGCAAGGCUACACGGGGCCCGUUCGGCUGGACUCCCCCAGCCAUCGCCAACACCACAGAGUAGAGUGAGCGCAGCCUCUAAGGGGCGCCGGGCGCCGGAGCCAUGACCCUCCGCCGACUCAGGAAGCUGCAGCAGAAGGAGGAGGCGGCGGCCGCGCCGGACCCCGCUGGUCCGGCUCCCGACUCGGAAGCAGCUCCGACCCGCUCGGGCCCCCCAGCCGCCGCCGCUCCGCCUGGAGCCCCGGGGGACGAGCUGUACGCCGCGCUGGAGGACUACCAUCCUGCGGAGCUGUACCGCGCGCUCGCAGUGUCCGGGGGCACCCUGCCCCGCCGAAAGGGCUCAGGAUUCCGGUGGAAGAAUUUCAGCCAGAGCCCUGAACAGCAGCGGAAGGUGCUGACUUUGGAGAAAACGGACAACCAGACCUUCGGCUUCGAGAUCCAGACUUAUGGCCUUCACCACCGAGAGGAGCAGCGUGUAGAGAUGGUGACCUUCGUCUGCCGAGUUCACGAGUCCAGCCCUGCCCAGCUGGCUGGGCUCACACCAGGGGACACCAUUGCCAGUGUCAACGGUCUCAAUGUGGAAGGCAUCCGGCACCGGGAGAUUGUUGAUAUCAUCAAGGCAUCUGGCAACGUUCUCAGACUGGAAACUCUGUAUGGGACAUCCAUUCGGAAGGCAGAACUGGAGGCUCGCCUGCAGUACCUUAAGCAAACCCUAUAUGAGAAGUGGGGAGAAUACAGAUCGCUAAUGGUUCAGGAGCAGCGGCUAGUGCAUGGCCUGGUGGUGAAGGACCCAAGCAUCUAUGACACACUGGAGUCCGUGCGCUCCUGCCUCUACGGCGCCGGUCUGCUCCCAGGAUCGCUGCCCUUUGGGCCUCUGCUCGCUGCGCCUGGGGGUCCCCGUGGGGGCGCGCGGCGGGCCAAGGGGGACACCGACGACGCCGUAUACCACACGUGCUUCUUCGGUGGCGCCGAACCGCAGGCGCUGCCACCCCCGCCGCCCCCCACUGAGGCCCGCGAGCAGGCCCUGUGCGGCGCCGGCCUACGCAAGACCAAGUACCGCAGCUUCCGCCGGCGGCUGCUCAAGUUCAUCCCCGGACUCAACCGCUCCCUGGAGGAGGAGGAGAGCCAGCUGUAGGGGCGCGGGUAGGCAGGCGGGAGGUAUUUAUUUAUUUAUUCAUUGUAACAGCCAGUGCAAAAAGUGGGGACAGUAGUGCCGGUCCAAGGACCUCAAGAGCCCAAAGCUGCGGGAGAGGGUCCUUGCUAGCUCUGGCAGGUCUGGUCGGUUCGCGGCUUGUCUCUGCUGAGGAAAAGGGGAGCCUAGUUGCUUCCUUUCCUCCCCUACAUCAUAACAGGAUCUCUGCAGGGGGAGAAGAGACACCGGGAGUUGGGAGAGGUCUGAGGGACCAAAGAGGGCUGUGCAGCCUACAGUCUGGGUCAGUUGUGCCUUGUGGGGGCCUGUCCCAAAAGCCCUCUCCUCAGCUUUACCUGCUCCCCAACCCUUAUCCUUGGGGAGAGGAGAUCCAUGAUGGAUCAUUCCCACCCUGAACACACACACACACACACACACACACACACCCAAGGGGGCAAGGUGCUGGGUCCCUCUCUUGAGUCUUGACCCCAAAGGGCUUAACCCCUCUCCAGGGGUCUGUACUAAGUGGGUCUUGCCAGGCAGGGGUCCUGGAUUCUGCGCUCCUUGGGGAACAGGAAAGAGUACAUUCAGGUGGGCUGGGGCAGUCUGGACUGUACCAGCGGGUUUGUAUAUGUGUGUGUGUGUCUGUGUGUCUGUGUGUGUGUGUGUGUGUCUGUGUGUGUGUGCGUGUUUGCAUAUGUUACUUCUAAACCACAAACUGUAUAAAAUUGCUGGUAUUUUG